UAAUAACAAGUGAAAAAGAAUAAAGAGAGAAAAAGAGAUUGAAAGCAGAAACAGCAAGAACCAUGGCUUCAAUGGCACUAAACUCCCCAAGCUCGAACCAUUUUGUUAACGAUGGCUACACUUCUUUCAGUAGAGUUAGGCUGUGUUCCUUCUCGUUCGAAUCGAGCUUGUACGGCUUCAAAAUCCCUAGGAGACAGCUUUCACUCUCGGUCAACGAGACCAUAACAACCCGACCCAAACCCGCUUGUUAUUCGGGUUCUGAACCGUUGAAGGCAUCUUCCCAGUCUUUCGACGUCGUGAUCGUCGGAGCGGGAAUUAUCGGGUUGACAAUCGCUCGACAGUUUCUAAUCGGGUCGGAUCUAUCCGUUGCAGUCGUUGAUAAGGCCGUACCCUGCUCCGGCGCCACUGGUGCAGGACAGGGGUACAUAUGGAUGGUACACAAAAAUCCUGGAAGCCAGACAUGGGAACUUACCAAAAGAAGUCACCAACUGUGGAAAAGGUUGGCUGAGACAAUACGUGAUCAAGGCAUGGAUCCUCUUCAAGUAUUGGGUUGGAAAAAGACAGGAAGCUUGUUAGUUGGUAGAACUCCUGGGGAUUCAAUUAUCUUAAGAGAGAGGGUGAGGCAGCUAUCUGAAGCUGGGUUGACAGCAGAGUAUUUGCCCAGCAAUGAAUUGCUCUCCGUGGAACCUGCUCUUUUUGUUGGGAGUGAUGGUGGGGCUGCUUUUGUACCUGAUGAUUGCCAGUUGGAUGCUCUUCGUACUGUUUCAUAUAUCGAAAAGGUUAACAGAUCUUUUACACUGGAAGGUAGAUAUGCAGAGUUCUAUCAUGAGCCAGUUGCAGGUUUAGUAAGAUCUACUAGUAGCGGGGAGGUUGAAGCUGUUCGGACUUCCAAUAAUACCCUGUAUGGUAAGGCCAUUGUAGUUGCAGCCGGUUGUUGGAGCCAGUCUCUGAUGCAUGACCUGUUCAGAGGCUCAAAUGUUAAAUUGGACGUCCUUGUAAAGCCUCGGAAGGGUCACCUUCUUGUGCUUGAGAACUUUAAUUCCCUUCAUCUGAAUCAUGGCUUGAUGGAGGUUGGUUAUGUAGAUUAUGAAAAUGCAAUUUUAACUCCAGGGCUGAAUGAUCAGAGCCAAACCCUGUCUGUUUCAAUGACGGCCACAAUGGACACAAUGGGUAAUCUUAUUCUAGGGAGCAGCCGUCAGUUUGCUGGGUUCAGCACUGAGGUCGAAGAUUCCAUCAUUCUUCAUAUAUGGAAACGGGCUGGAGACUUCAUUCCCAAAUUAAAAGAACUUUCCCUCAAAAAUUUCAUUAAGAACAGAAACGUGAGAGUAGGGCUACGCCCUUACAUGCCUGAUGGGAAACCAGUGAUUGGACAUGUGCCUGGUUUGUCAAACAUGUUCCUUGCAACUGGGCAUGAAGGAGGAGGGCUCUCUAUGGCCUUAGGAACUGCAGAAAUGGUUGUUGAUAUGGUAAUGGGCAAUCCCACACAUGUUGAUAAUUCACCAUUUGCUGCUCAAGGUCGAUGUUGUUAGAACAAUGUUCCAAAGAACAUCAGAUAAAUAUUAAUGGACAGAUCUAGUUGAGCAAAUCUGAGGCUGCUGGUUAGAUUCAGAAAUCAGGAAGCCACACUGUCUCACUGUUUUACUUUUCAGGUUAAAAAUUGUAUUCAGCAUCUCUAUGCCUUACCGACAUUUUUCUCUUUCCUCUUUGCCCCGGGAGAAUGUCUGGAAUGAUGUGGAAUGAUGUGUCCUGAAAUUUUUUGCAAGUACGUAUACGUUAUGAA